GACUAAUAGCACAAUAACAUUGUCUCGGAAUAUUAUAAAUUGAGGCUGUUUACAAAAGUCCAUGGUGGUUGAAUAUAAAGGCAAGUUGGCUGCAACAGAAUCACUUUGGCACUGGGUUCGGAGUAGGAGCCCCUGGUCGCUGGAUUUUGGAUUAACAGCGUUUAUUUGUCUAUUUUUUUACUGGAACCUUUUCAACUCACAUUCGAUUUCUUUUUGGGAUUAUUUUUUCAAUUUUUUAGAAAAUAUAUUAAUUAUUAUUACUAUUAAUAAGAAGAGACCUCCCCAGCUUCAUUAUGGAUCUACAAAUGAUUGUCUCUGUGCUGGUGGUACUUGUACAAGGAGUCAGUGCAACAGAAUCUCUCAGUGACAGCGCCAGGCUUACUAACGAGCCCCCUGCAGCAGCAGCAGCAACACAGACAGCUUCACAUCGCUCAUCUGGCGCCCCCUGGCGGCCACGUAGGGUUAAACGCUGUUCCUGUUCUUCCUUAAUGGAUAAAGAGUGUGUCUACUUCUGCCACUUGGACAUCAUAUGGAUCAACACUCCUGAGAGGACAGUACCAUAUGGUCUUGGAGGGCCCCGCAUGAAACGGGCAUUGCAGGACAACGACCAAGAAAAACUCUCUGAGCCUGCAGGCAGGUGUCUGUGUGCUAAGCGUAAAGACAAGAAAUGUAUGGACUUCUGCCACGCAACAGCAGAACCCAGUGUUCAGCCAUCUGUUGCCAAAGACAGUAGACAAGUUCAGCAGGCCACAAAGUGCCUUGGCCUCAGGCUUGGACAGCAAUGCAUUCAAAAACAACAUCACAGAAAUAAGGUGAUGAAAAGAUCAGAAAGCAUCAAGCAGUCCAUUAAGAAUUCCUUUGCCUUUGCCAGCCUAAUGAAUAAGCCCAAUGAGACAAGAGAAACCUCACAUCUCUGGAUGCAUAAAAACUGGGGAGUAUGGAAACACAGGAAGACAACAUCAUAGUGACACCAUAUUAGCCAUGAACAUAUUAAAAUGGCUUUCAGCAAAUGUUGUUCGUGAAGAGGCCCAGGAAAAUAAAGAGCUGGGAUAACUGGAAUAAUGCAGUUUGGCCUGGAAUGGAAA